AUGCAAAGCGUGAGGCCUACACAGUCGCGUGACACACGGCUCUGGGUGAACGUUCGACCAUCGCCGGCUAACGUCAGUCGCUUCUUCAAGCUCGGCCUAGAGCUGAUGGACGGCGACGUUGGCGGUGCCCAGGAGGUCAUCAAGCUGUUUGCCAGCGAAGCUGGGCUGGCUUUUAUCAAGAAUGUCACUGAUCGAAACAUCGCUGCCGUCCUCGGAGACGCUCCCAGCGCCGGCUUCUGGGAGGCCCAGAUCAAGCCUCUCUUUCAGCUCAUCACCCAUCCGGCGGUCGUUGACUGUGCUGUCUUGGAGCAACAGGUUGCCAUGCUGUUCAAUUUCAUAGUUUUUGGCUACGUCGCGGCACUAGUCAAAGCCUGGCCAACAUCCGCACCGACACCGCCACGCAUCGCAGCCGUCGAGUUGACUCUGGCCGUCUUGACCAAAAUUCUCGACAGCAAUACCACCAACAUAAUCAAUGACAAGUUCUCUACCUUGGCUAACAGCCUCUCGACGUGUCUCGAAGAGGAGGUGUUUCCAGACGAAGAGUUUUCCCGCUUGCAGGCUUUGAAGUAUCUCGAGUACAUCCGGCUUCGACUCAGCCUUGGAGAAGACAUCGCCAAUGUUCGGGAUCGCCCCCAAGCCGCUGUUGCGCGGGAGCAGUUCCUCCUCAGGCGUGAUCUUCCCGGCCAGCUGUCUGCCGAUGGCACACGGCACGACAAUGACCACGCAGAAAUUCCCGAUAUCAAAAUCCUGCCCACCUACGAGGAGAUCAUGUCGCCCCGUGCCGAAUACUUGCCAACGAUUGAUCCCUCACAGUGGCACGUCAAGGGCAUCCGCGGACGCUUGGACAGAGAAUUUCGCCUAUUGCGAGAGGAUACUGUUGGCCAACUUCGCGACGCAAUCAGGGUGACACUUGAAUCCAUUCGGAACCCUCAGGCUGGGCCAGUUUACCGCUCAAAAAAUGUCGCACGAACUGACACGUAUGAGCACCCUAAGCCCGUGCGUGUCGAUAUCGAUAGGUUUGGCAACAUGGAGCUGGUGACUCGCUGUAGCCAGAUUGCAGCCGUCCGAGCCCUGACCCUAAACAAACGCAGAGAAUGGUGGAUGCAGAGCAAGAAGCUCCAAGCUGGAGCCUUGGUUUGCAUUCUCAACGCCGGCGGUUCUGUCAUAUUCUGCGUCGUCUCGGAGUCUACGAUGCGGACCGUGGAUGACAAGAAGCCGGAGUCUGACGGCGAGGUAGGGCAGAAGGCCGAAGAUUUUACGCUUUCAGAAAAUCAAGAUGUGCUGUAUGUCAGACUCCAGCUCAUUGACCCUACCAGCCACGACAUUACCCAGACACUCUGCUGGUACCGAAACGUGGGAUCUUCACCACGCCAUUACCUAGUGGAAUUCCCUGGUGUCCUCCUCGCUUCAAAACCCAGCAUGCCAUUCAGCGAGCUGCUGGCCCCAGGCGAAGGCCAAUCCACAAAGCCCAAGAUCAAUCCGCCCCAGUAUGCCCGGAGAGCAGGCUUCUCGUUUGACCUCGCCUGCUUGACUCAGCCAGGUAUAAAGCUUAGCGUCUCUCCCCAGAACCCACCAGACCCCGAAGAAAUUGCGUCUCGGACAACGCUCGAUCCUACACAGGAGUUUUCGCUCAUUCAGGAGAAAAUCAUCAAGGUCCUUUUGGGAAACAAGGACAAGGCCAAGCUUGGGCCGAUCCUGUGUCUCCUUGAGCACCUUCUAGACGACAGAAUCACAGAGGUAAUCAGAAUAGGCUCCAGGUCGAAGUCAGAGAGAUUGCAAGACCUUAACCUGAGGGCCGUCGCAAAACUGUUCGGUCGGACAAAGUCGGAAAAGGCUGGUCUAACACGGCGUCUCAUUAGACAAUUGUCAGGAUCCGAUUUCUGGAGAACGGUCAAGACCUUUCUGGCCGAAAUUUUCCCAACUUAUCAUCGGGAACUGUUCGGAAUGGAUGAGAGGAUCGUUGAGAAAUGGCUCAAUGCUGGAGCCACAACGCCAGCUCACCCACGAACGCCCGAAGCUCUAAAUCGACGUCGGUCGACCUACGACCAGUGGCUGAGAGCCAUCAGAGAUCCAAUCAUCACUCAGAUAAUCAGUUCGCACCGAGAAUAUGCCGAGAUGAUUGACGAGCGAGACCAAGCUAACAUUGUCGGCGUGACCACCACGGGUCUUGCGAGGAAUCUUGGGCUUCUUCGGAAGUUGCGCUGCAAGGUUUUGCUUUGUGAGGAGGCAGGCGAGGUCCUUGAGGCUCACAUCCUGACAGCGCUUCUUCCGUCAGUAGAGCAAGCCAUUCUGAUCGGAGACCACCUGCAACUUCGCCCACAAAUCCAGAAUUAUGAUCUGCAGAGCAGUAAUCCCCGUGGCGAGCAGUACUCCCUGGAUAUGUCUCUGUUUGAGCGACUUGUGGAGCCACCCCAUAUGUCCGAUUCACGACUUCCUUUCAGUGUCUUGGAAACGCAGAGACGAAUGCAUCCCUCGAUUGCUGAGCUGGUCUCAACAUACCCCGAGGUGGUAGGCAUGAGAAAGCGGCUAUUUUGCCACGACCCGUUGAGCACGUCCCACUCAAACGAGUUUGAAAUUGAAAUGACGACUGCUUUAGUCUCGCAUCUCGUCCGGCAGGGCGAGUAUUCGAAAGAGGACAUUGCGCGGCUUCGCCGUCGUAUGGAGUCAAUGUUUGAGAUAUGCCUGAACGACCGCGACCAGGAAGAGGUUGAAGCGGUUGAAGCGGUUGAAGGAGUAACUCAGCCGUCAGCUCAAGUGGCCAAGACAACUCUCCUCAAGAGCAUCCGGAUUGCAACCGUGGACAAUUUCCAGGGUGAAGAGGCCAAAGUCAUCAUCAUAUGCCUUGUUCGCAGCAACCCGCAAAACAACUGUGGCUUCCUCCGCACGUCAAAUCGCAUCAACGUUCUUUUGUCGCGCGCCCAGCACGGCAUGUAUAUCAUUGGAAACGCGAACACCUACAGUAGCAUUCCCAUGUGGGCCGAUGUUAUUCGUACACUUCAAGCAGAUGGGAACUUUGGCACAAGCCUCGAGCUCCAAUGCCCUCGCCAUUUGGACACUCCUCUUGCGGUUUCUGAGCCAGACCACUUUGUGCAGUUUGCCCCCGAGAGCGGCUGUAACCUGCCGUGUGAUAAGAGGCUCGACUGUGGCCACUCCUGCAAUGGGAGGUGCCAUUCGGAAAUUCUACACAACGCUGUCAAGUGCCUUGAGGAUUGCCCACGUUCCAAGAAGGGCUGCAACCAUCCCUGUCCGCUACGGUGUGGCGACGUGUGCCACCAGAAAUGCCAGAAGCUCUUGGGUAACAUUUGCCUCACACUUCCUUGCGGCCAUUACGUCUCAUCGGCCAAGUGCUGGGAGGUGCAGGAUCCUGCUUCGAUUCGAUGCAAAGUUGUUGUCACGCGCACAGUCCUAGGAUGUGGCCAUGCAGUCAAGGUGCAAUGCCACGAGAAUUGUGGUCACCUCCGUCCCUGUGGUCAUAAGUGCACGAGGCUGUGCAAUGAUUGUCGUCCUCGGAAAGACGGCGAGAUCACAGCUUCUAACCAUGGCGCUUGCUCAACAAAGUGCGGCCGGAACUACACUGCAUGCCGCCAUACCUGCGGCAAGGUGUGUCAUGAUGGAGACUGCGCUCCUUGUGCUGAGCCAUGUGAGGUGAAGUGUGGCCACUCAAAGUGCGCUAAGCGUUGCCAUGAACCAUGUUCACCAUGCGCGGAGCAGACUUGCCACUCGAGCUGCCCUCAUACCAAAUGCACGAUGCCAUGCGCGGCUCCGUGCAACUGGGUGCCGUGCUCUAAACGCUGCUCAAAGGUACUGAUCUGCGGCCAUCAGUGUCCUUCGGUUUGCGGAGAGUCCUGUCCAAGCAAGGAGUAUUGCCAGAAUUGUGCCUCUACGGAGAUCAAGUCCACUACUGUGGACUUUCUGGAGAUGCGGGAGUACCACGAGAUCGACCUGGACGAAGAACCAUGUAUCUUCCCCGACUGCGGCCAUUUCUUGACAAUUCAGUCAAUGGACGGCCAGAUGGACAUUGGCACGCAUUACGACCUGGACGAGAGUGGAAUCCCGAUCAAGAUUCGCGGAGUCUCGGAGCCUUUCUCGACCGACUCCGCACUGGUCCGGGUAUGCCCGAAUUGUCGGGGCUCGCUUCGCAAUAUUUCGAGAUAUGGCCGCAUUGUUCGUAGGGGGAUGCUGGACGAGGCAACAAAACGGUUCAUCGGCUGGUCGAAUACCAAGUAUCUCAGCCUGGCCGAUCGCCUGGUCACCGAGCAAGGGAAACUGCAGAAAACGGCAACCAGCAAGGACAGGAUAUCUGCUAGCGCGGCAAAACGGCAGACACCCAAGAAGCAGACUUUUACUCUGCCGCGGCUUGGAAAUCUCCACCAGUUCCAACUGAUCGCUGGAGACAAUGGACGAUAUGCAUCGAUGAUGAAGGUCUGGGCCGAAAUCAGCUCUUUUGCCAGCAUGGUGCAGGAAGCAGAGCAGCCUUUUCAGCGAGUUGCCGAUCUCGUUAAACAUGCCAACCGCCUGAACAGAACGAAUGAAGAGUUCCAAUUCGAUGAGUCGGUCAUCCAGGUCAAGGGUCACCUUCUAGCAAUGACGCUGCUGCUCAAGUGCGACGUGGCUGUUUUCUCCGAUUUCUUCCAUCUUCAAUCAGAAGGGAUGUUGCUGACAUCCCAGAGACCAGAGAUUGACUGGUCGAUUUACACGACUGAGAGCGCAAAACUCAUCGAGGCUGCGAGAGCCAACAUGUUUCCGCGUGAGGAAGUGCAAGGUCACAUCUUCGCCGCGCAAAUGUCCACGUUCGAACGCUGCACCCGCUCGCAGCCUACGGCGGUAUGGGACGAAGCCGAAGAAGAGAGUGACAUGGAAGCGGCGGUACGCCUGAAGGACGUUGCUACAGACCAUCUCAACCAGGCUCGCGCGUUGCUUCAGAAAUACCCAUCCACAGCCGUGCUGAGACAGGAGAUAGAGAGCGCCGAGAUCAUGCUCAACGACUGGGUAUUCUACAGCGAAGUCACGGAAGAUGAGAAACGUGCCAUAUACCAUGCCAUGAGCAGCGAGUUCCGCGGAACGGGACAUUGGUAUACCUGCGUCAAUGGGCACCCGUUUACAGUUGGCGAGUGCGGGAUGCCGAUGGAGCAGGCCCGCUGCUCGGAGUGUGGCGCGGCUGUUGGCGGCCAGAACCAUGCACCAGCAGAGGGAGUGCGACAUGCAAAUGAGAUUGAAGCGCUGGCGAGAGGUGUUGGGGGGCUGGGACUGUAAGCUGUCUCAGCCGGUCUAGAAGAACCGAUUUAUGACAAGUUGAGAUAUCUCAACGAGUACUUACUUGUGUUGUUUGUGUUAUGUUGUUCUUCACUAUAGUCGGAUACUAGAGUUGCAGGUAAUUGUGGGCGGAAGGAUUUCUAACAAAGGAAUAUCGCGACAAACAUGACUUGCACGAUAGUCUGUCUAGGUGGUGGACAUAACAGUGGGCUUGAUCUCUGGCGGUUAUUAGCC